GAGAAGAAGAACGCCAAGGCCAGCCUGACCCACCCAUCCCUGACUACCGCCAGCAAGUGCUUUCUGUUCCCACUGCACCCUGGGCCCCGCCACCCACAGCCCAGAGCCCAGAUGGAAAGCGUGCGUGAGCUGAUCCCUCUAGCCAAAGAGAUGAUGGCGCAAAAGCCCCGAGGGAAGCUGGUGAAGCUGUACGUGCUGGGCAGCGUGCUGGCACUUUUCGGUGUGGUGCUCGGCCUGGUGGAGACAAUGUGUAGCCCUUUCACAGCUGCCAGCCAUCUGCGCGACCAGGAGGCUGCAGUGGCCGAGCUGCGGGACGCUUGUGAGCAACAGUCCCUCCACAAGCAAGCCCUGAUGGGCAAGGCACAGGAGGCGACCCUGUGCAACCGGGCCCUGUCUCUCAGGCAGCAUGCUUCAUAAGGCUGUGACUGGCAGAGGAGGGAGUGAGACAAAGACAGAGACAUAGGGAAAUCGUGGCUGUGGUGGGAGAGAGCAGAACACAUGCUGUUCCUAGGUGAAGCCACCGAAUCCAGAACUGACCAUGAACAGAUCACCCAAGGGGUCUGGGAUUGACUUUUGCUGCUAUGCAGCACGCACUGUGAUUUGUCCAAGGCUGUGGGAGCGAUCAAGGAGCUAUCACUUUGCAUUAGGGGAGGAAAUGUGCUUUUUAUACCGUUGUUUUUAUUGUUGUUAUUAUUUUAUUAGUACAAUGACUACCUGUUUUUCACUUUGAAAUAAAAACAUUUUAUACUCUA